CGACGUGACGCGCGUACCUUUCGCACCGCGCGGACCUAUCCGCACACCCUCCCUUCUUUGAACCGCUUGAGCGAAGCGCUCGCGGUUUCCGUCGCGAACGGGCCGCUCCGUGCGUUGCCGUUGUGUUCCGCUCAUGCUGAAGCAUGCUGACGGUCAGCAGCAACGUGGAGACGCAAAACCACCGGCGCCAAAGCGAAGAGCGCCGGCGGGCCGAGUCGGGAGAGAAGCCCUGGGACCAGAACUUCCAACCGCGCUCUCGGGCGACGCCGGCGAGGACCUCCAGCAAGCAGAACCUCAUAGGCGGCCGAUGAUCUCCACAGGACAUCGACCGGGUGAAGCUCACCUGGCAGCAACGGCUCUUGCUCACCCUGGAAGAGCCCUCCUACAGCCUCACAGCGCGUGUGAUCUCGUAUUUCAUGCUAUUGACCAUCUGCGGCACCAUUUGUUUUUUCGUCCUGGAGGCCGAGCCGGACCUAGCGGAUUGGGAAGGUUGGUAUGCGCUUGAAAUCUUCAGCACAGCCGUCUUCACAAUCGAGUACUUGUUGCGUUUCCUGGUGUCCAAUGCCUUUGGGAGCCCCACGCGGCUGGAGUUUUUGAGGAGUCCCAUGAAUGUGCUUGAUGUCUUAGCCAUCUCGCCCUUUUAUGUGGAGCUCCUCUCCCAGUCGGUGGCGGUGGGGCCUUUGGCCGUUCUUCGAUCUGUGCGACUGAUCCGGAUCUUCCGCAUCUUUCGCCUGAGCCGCUAUUCCAUGGGGAUGAGUAUCAUGAUUCAUUCCCUGGUGGCUUCAGUCCAGCCGCUGAUCAUCCUUUUGUUUUUCCUUUGCAUCGGCGGCACCCUCUUCAGCUCACUGGUGUACUAUGCGGAGAAGAUGUACUGCUGGGGACCUGCUCGCUUGGCCCGUGUCAUGCUUCCCGAUCCAGGAAUGUCGGCUGUCUUAUUUUGAUGCCCGCGGCCGACGCUGCUGCGACGAGUGGGGCGCCGCCUGGGAAUUCCGCUCGAUCAUGGAUGCCACCUGGUGGUGUGUAGUCACUAUGACCACAGUGGGGUAUGGAGACAAGGUUCCAGCGACCAAGCUUGGGCAGUUCAUUGGGGCCCUGACGAUCCUUUCGGGCAUCGUGCUGAUCUCCCUCCCCGUGGCGAUCGUGGGCUCUCGCUUCCAAUCGGCCUACGAGGUGGGCAGUUGGGCGACGGGGGCAGGCUCAUGUUGGAGGAGAAGGACCGCACCGCCGCUCUGGAGAGGCAGGUCUCCAACCCAUCCUCCAACGGGGGCAUGGCUCGGAUGGUGAGCCCAGGGGGCAUGCCUCGGUUGGUGAGCCCAGGGGGCAUGCCUCGGAUGGUGAGCCCCGAGGCAAUGAGCAAGAAGUCCACGGACAGCAAGAUGAGGUGGAAUCGGACGAUGAGCAGCAACUUGCGCAAGCAGCCCAGCACCAAGAGCAGGAAAAGCCGUGGAACCACAGGUACGGGCAGCGGCAGCAUGGACGCAGUGGAUUCCCUGGAAGCCCAGGAUACCGCCAUCGAAGAGACCACGGAACAGCUCAUCAGGGACUUAGAGCACCUGCGGCAAACCUCCAACCUCACCGGCGCAACCCGAGAGCAGAUCCGCCUUCUGUUGGCCUUGCUCGAGCACCUCUCUUCAACGGAGGACAAGCUGAAGGCGUUGAAGGAGAAAGACAGCCAGAUCGAAGCACGUUUGAGCCAGUCCUUUUCGAAGCUUUGUCGUAACUACGAGAGCUUGAAGCGGACGGAGAAGACCCGCACUUUAGCCACCAACAGCUGAGAGUAUCGACUUCAGCGCUUCAUCGGCGGUGAGUGAAAGUCUUGAAGAGGA